UUCAUUUUUUUGACAGAUUUUCCGUUAUCUAAGUUUAGAGCCCUCAUUUAUGCAAACUGUUCCGGUAAUAAACAGCGAUUCAGAGCGAAUUAAUUCAGUGCUCACUUUGAAACAAAAGGAAUCAAGCAAUAACGCUGUUUUUCCCAAAAACUAAGUUAUUCUCCACUGCCACUGCUAGCCGCUUCCCUCACUUCCAAAUCACGCACUCACCGUACAUUCCAACUUAGCACACGGUGCACUUACAUCGAUCGACCUUGCGUCCCUUGGAGAACCAUCUAUCAAGGCAUUCUGUCCUUUUGGUUUCGAUCUAUUUGCACUAUCACGUGUUUUGACGUAACGCAUUUGGGAGGAUAAAGCAAUCAACAUGAUGCACACAAAGGCUACAUGUGCCGGAAAGUAUCACAGCCGCCCCCGCACGUCAGGAUACAUUUACCUCAGGAUAUAACCCAACCCGACCACGCCAUUCGCAUGUUGCUGCCCACAUCUGGCAGGAUGCACAGAAGCACUAUACUUCACUCUCUUUCAGCAUCCAGUAUUGGUCGAGCGAGUGAAACCAACCCAUUUGUUCUACACCCAACCAACCAAAUGUACUGACCCCAAUUCGGCCACUUCAAUAUUUGGCUUACUAUGAUUUCACCGUGUGUCGGUUGUUCUGUCUAAUUUUCCGGAACAUUUGGAACAACCAGUUUCUGGCCUUUCGCCUUGGUGAUCUCACAGACCUAGUGCUUGGCUUCUAACCUUUUGCUCCGUAGUGUGUCCGUUAUGGCUUUUGAGCCAGUUGUUUUGAGUUUGCGACGUCCGACUUCAGAUAAGUCUUGGGGAUUUUCACUGGAAGGGGGCGCAGAUCAAGCAUUACCUGUGUUUGUACAUAAGGUCACGCGAAACGGAAUAGCCCACAAAUCUGGACUGGAACCUGGUGACGUGAUUAUAAAGAUUUGCGCAACUCCUGUUAUCGGAAUGACCCACGCUCAAGUGAAAGCCGAAAUUCUGAGGGCUGGAAAUGACUUGGAUUUCACAGUCAAAAAGAGAGAUUUCAAUGUGGCUCAAUACAACAUCACCAUGCAGCAGUAUGCGGCAGCUAGUCGACCUGCAGUGAUAAAUCCAGCAAACCAGGAACCUCGAGCGGAAAUUGUAGAAGAACACUUGUGGCGCCAUGGUGGGCCUACCUUUAAGAAGGUACAACCAAAAUCCUACAAAAUUUUGGAACAACAACUGCCACAAGCCAGCGUUGGAGGUAAGAUAACCAUCCGAAAUGUCAGAAUUAUCUACACCUCGAGUUUGAUGAACCUGCUUGCCACGGUGUACUCGAAUAUGAAUUGGUAA